AUGUCUCUGGUGGGAAUCGCAAGUUUCCUGCUGCUGCUCGUUGGACUCUCACAAUCCGUGCCGCCGUCCUUUAGCGUGGACUUCAAGAAUGACUGCUUUCGCAAAGAUGGAGAGAAGUUCCGCUACAUUUCAGGCAGCAUUCACUACAGCAGGAUCCCAAGGGUCUACUGGAAAGACCGACUGCUUAAGAUGUACAUGGCGGGUCUAAAUGCCAUUCAGACAUAUAUACCGUGGAACUUCCAUGAGGAGUCGCCGGGCAGAUACAACUUCAGCGGAGACAGAGAUUUGGAGCAUUUCCUUCAGCUGGCUCAGGAUAUCGGACUUCUGGUCAUCCUUCGACCGGGGCCUUAUAUUUGUGCCGAGUGGGAUAUGGGAGGACUGCCUGCCUGGCUUCUCCAUAAGAAAGACAUUGUGCUGCGCUCUUCAGAUCCAGAUUACAUAGCAGCAGUGGAUAGCUGGAUGAGCAAAUUGCUGCCAAUGAUGAAGCCCUUCCUCUAUCAGAAUGGCGGCCCUAUUAUCACCGUGCAGGUAGAGAAUGAAUAUGGAAGCUACUUCAAAUGUGAUUACAACUACCUGCGUCACCUAACCAAGCUUAUGAGAUCCUACCUGGGUGAAGAGACGGUGCUGUUCACUACGGACGGUGCCUCUCUGGGCUUCCUUAAGUGCGGCACCAUCCAAGGCAUCUAUACCACCGUCGACUUCGGCCCAGGUUCCAAUGUGUCUGCUGCAUUUUCCGUGCAACGACAUGCAGAACCUCAGGGACCUUUGGUGAACUCUGAGUACUACACAGGCUGGCUGGACCAUUGGGGCUCGCCUCACUCAGCCGUCUCAGCCAAAAAAGUGGCAGUGACCCUCAAUGAAAUCCUGGCCAUGGGUGCCAAUGUCAACCUGUACAUGUUUAUUGGCGGGACCAACUUUGGAUACUGGAACGGUGCCAAUUCGCCUUUUGCUGCGCAGCCAACCAGUUAUGACUACAAUGCUCCGCUCACCGAGGCCGGAGACCUCACUGAGAAGUACUUUGCCAUCCGGGAGGUGAUCAGAAUGUAUCGCAAAAUACCAGAAGGGCUCAUACCACCAUCAAGUCCAAAGUUUGCAUAUGGUGCUGUUAAAAUGCAACAACUCCAAACGGUGUCAGAAGCCUUAGAGACAAUCUCUUUCUCUGGUCCAGUGGAGAGCAUAUUCCCUCAGACCUUCAUUGACCUCAAUCAGGCGUUUGGCUAUGUGCUCUACAGGACUGAGCUGCCAGUUGACUGCAGCAUACCUACACCACUGGCAUCGCCGCUGAACGGGGUCCACGACCGCGCGUAUGUGUCCGUGGAUGGGGUGGCUGCAGGGAUUCUGGAGCGAAACAAAGUCAUAAGCAUUAAUGUGACGGGCAAAGCUGGUAGUCAGGUUGAUAUUCUGGUGGAGAACAUGGGUCGGAUCAACUAUGGAAGAGACAUCAAUGACUUCAAGGGCCUCGUGACCAACCUAACGUUGGGCAAUGUUGUGCUCAAAGGGUGGACCAUGUACAGUCUCAAUAUCGACCAAGCGAUUGACCAAGGCCUUUUCUGGGAUACGAAGCCAACGUCGGCUGGCCCGAUUCGUCCUGCUGCCCUGUCACUUCCAGCAUUCUAUGGUGGAGCUUUCAUGAUUCCCGAUGGCAUCCCAGAUCUACCUCAGGACACCUACAUCCACCUGUCAAAUUGGCGCAAGGGCCAAGUUUGGAUAAACGGUUUCAAUCUGGGACGCUACUGGCCAUCGCGAGGUCCUCAGUUAACUCUUUUUGUCCCGGCCAACAUCCUCAGCACCGACACCCCCAACAACGUGACGGUGCUGGAGCUGGAGAUGGCCCCCUGCCUUUUGGGAUCGUGUACAGUAGAGUUCACCACCACACCCAUCCUGAACGCGUCGGUACAGAGCGACCACCAGCAGCAUUGGCCAAUGUUCGGAAAGGCUUUGCUUUGA